AUGGAUGACAUCUACUAUUCUCCUCGAUAUGAAGAUGAUGAUUACGAAUAUCGUCAUGUGAUUCUUCCACAUGGACUCGCCAAACAAAUUCCCAGAGAUAAAUUGCUGACUGAAGGAGAGUGGAGACGUCUUGGAGUCACACAGUCACUGGGAUGGGAGCACUACAUGGUUCACAAUCCUGAAAGACACAUUCUUCUGUUCCGUCGUCGACGAAACUUCUCGAAGCAAGACGAAGAAAGAGCCAAACAAAGACUUUUGAAGGAAUUGGAAAUUUAUGAGAGAUCUCGAUCAAAUCAGAUUGGAAGAAUGCAUCAUUGA